ACGGUUUCCGAUGGUGACGGUAGGCCCUCUGUUUUGUACUUGCGGAUAUUUUGACGUAUAACUAUUCAAUAACAUCGCAUUACAUCAUCGCCAGCAAUCGCCGGUAUUUGACUGUACUUAUCAAAUUUUUGUAGUUUACGUUAUUCUCUGCUAAGAUGUGGACUGUAGCCUCACGCUUCACAUUACGAUGCCCAACGCUUACAGUGAAAGCAGCUCAAGCCAAUCAAGUCAGAUGUUUCUGGGAAUAUGUUAAUAUGAUGUUUAAUAAGCCAGACGCAGAGCGUAUAAAAAAAGUUGGUCCUGACCGUGCGUGCGCUGAAUGGGUGCUACGGAACGGGGGCACCGUCGAAUGGGUUGGAGGGCAGAAGCUUGCAGACUACAAUCUGCUGCCAGCUAAUGACCAACCAGUCCCAAGACUGGCAGUAAUUGAUGCUACAAAUUCAUCAAUAUCACAUUAUGGUUUCUCUCAUUUAAUUGGAUGCAUCAAACUGUAUAAGAUUAUACUUCACAAAAGUUCAUAUAUUGAAGACAGAGCAUUGAAGGGUUUAUCACAUAGUAAAGACUCAUUAACUCACUUACAAGUCUCAGAUAUAGCUGAUGUCAGUGACGCUGGACUCAAGGAUUUAAAAGAUUGCCACAAUCUACAAAAAUUGGUGCUGUUUGAUUUGAAAACUGUAAAUGACUUGGAAGAGUGUAAACAGUACUUGGCAUCACAGUUACCUAACUGUAAAAUACAAGGAGCACCUGAGGUAACAAAAGAAAAGCCAUCAUAGAUGGAAUGUUUUACAAUGAAGUCAGCACAAAAAACCAAUACAUUGUUAAAAUGGACUGAUAAGUAAUAAAUAUUAAAAUAAAUCAAA